AUGGCUUCAACACUCAGACAAAGAAUACCCUCUCCUCCUGCUGGACAGGUCGAGAAAGACCAAUUGCUCAAAGAAGCUGAGGACGCCGAAUUGACUGAAGGUCAAAAAUUCGUUGUACCCAACUUUACUGUCAAGCAAUUACUUGAUGCCAUUCCCGCUCAUUGUUUCCACCGAUCAGCUGUCCGAUCUUCCCUCUAUGUAGUUCAAGACGUUAUCGCUAUUGGUGCUCUCGUCUACGGAGCUUAUCACAUUGAUUCUUUCCUUGCCAGAUUCAACCUCGGCACUGUUGCGUAUUACGCAGCUAGAGCCGCCCUUUGGACUGCAUACUCCGUCUGGGCGGGUUUCUUCGGUACUGGUCUCUGGAUCAUUGCUCACGAGGCAGGUCACCAAGCUUAUUCCUCUUCCAAAACCAUCAACAACACCGUCGGUUGGGUCUUGCACUCUGCCCUCUUGGUCCCUUACCACUCUUGGAGAAUCUCCCACGGUCGACACCAUGCUGCCACUGGUCACUUGACUCGGGAUGAAGUCUUCGUACCCGCCAACAGGUCAGACCGAAAAGUUGGUGAAAUGAAAGAAGAAGCUGAAAUCCAUGGUAUCAACGUUUCUGAAGAACGACAAAGUGAACUUGCCGAGCUUCUCGAAGACGCACCCCUUGUUACCCUCUACAACCUCUUCAUCCGACAACUCUUUGGAUGGCAAGCAUACCUCGCUGUUAACGCUGCUGGUCAACGACACUACCCUAAAUGGACUAACCACUUUGACCCUCGAUCAAUUAUCUUCAAGGCUAGUCACGCUGGACAAGUUAUUUGGUCUGACAUCGGUCUUGUUAUCGUUCUUGCUGCCCUUGGUUACUGGUCUUACACCCGAAGUUUCCGAGAAAUGUUCGUUGUCUACGGUAUCCCUUACCUUUGGGUUCACAACUGGCUCGUCAUGAUCACUUACUUGCAACACACUGACCCUGCUGUCCCUCACUACUCUGCCAACGAAUGGACUUUCCCUCGAGGAGCUUUGACUACCAUUGAUCGACCUUUCUUCGGAUUCGUUGGUCCUUACAUCCUCCACGGUAUCUGUGAAACUCACGUUGCUCAUCACAUCUCAUCCAAGAUGCCUCAUUACCACGCAUGGGAAGCUACAGAGGCUCUCAAGAAAUUUUUAGGUCCUCACUACCAAUCCAACAACGAUAACUUGUUGGUAGCCUGUUGGAAAUCAUACCGACAAUGUAUCUACAUCGACCAAGAUCAAGAUGUCGCCUUCUACAAGAACGCCAGAGGUGUAGCUCAAAAGGUUGCUGUAUUUGAGAAUGGUAACAUCUCUGAUUCAGGUAUCGACAUGACCGAAUCAAAGUAA